GUUCAGCAUAACACUUUAGAUUUGAUUGCUUUUGAUUGCUCUCAGGCGAGCGUAAAUAGUAUUAAGUAAAUUAUGUGUAAGGCCUGGCGAGCCACUCAAUUGGAUGGUCAGUCCAAGUGUGGGAUUUGAUCGAGUGAGACACGGUGAAAGCUGAUAAGAUCAUGAGUGGCAAGAGUGCGGCUUUAUUGGUGAUUUUUAGCACCCUUUUAACCCCCAAUGGCAUCCUAGGGAGUCACCUGAAUCACCCCAAGGCUGGUAUUGGACCCCCAGAGCCGCGCGAUGAGACAAAACAAGCAUCAAAGCUUGAUCUUAAGCAAGACAUUGAUGACUUCCUGGAUUUAAUACCCAAAGAGGAAAUUCAAAAUCUAACACGAAAAUACUAUUUUGGAGAUAGUGAAGUUAGAUUUGCCUAUGAGUAUUGUCAGAGUGAUGAAUUCCUUGCGUUACGGGAGAAAAUCUUAAAUCUACCGGAAGUUAGGGACUUCCUGAAAUAUCUCAAUGAUUCAGGUCUCAAUUUGGUGGAGUUAGUGAACAAAUUGGCCGGAAUUGUGGGGCCACCGCGGGAGCCACUAGACACAUCUGAAGAGGCAUCCCUAGAAGAGAGUACAAACCCAGAGAGUGCAACGCAUCAGGGUGGUGUGAGUGGCUUUGUGGACGCAAUUGUGGGACUUUUGCCUCAGGAUCAAAUACUCUCGCUGUUCUUCCUUAAGUUAGAGACGAGUUCUGCAUUUUCCAACCUCAUCGAGCGAAUUGGGAGCAGUGAAUUCGAAAGAGUACUGGACUUUGUUGAGAAUUCCAGAGAACUCAAAAGCCUCCUGGCCACACUUCAUCAACAUGGAAUCGAUGUGAGCAAAAUUGUACAGUCCGUUCAGGCGUUUUUCGGAUGGGGCUCCUACUAAAAUACUCAAUUUUGUAUGCUAUUCAACACUUUAUUCUGUCUCUCUUAUCCGUGAACCACGGUGUUUUUUAAAUAAACAAGGAAAUUUUUAAAU